GGUUGGGCCGCUAGGAACGAUCGGAGAGUUGCAAGAGUUUGUAAUGUCCGCCAUGUUGGCCAUGGCGUAUUGAACCAGGGAGGGAGAGCGGAGCAUAAGAAAAAAAGAGACCGACAGAGAGCGACCAAGACCCGGGCCUGCCCGGCUCUAUGCGCAUCGCCAUAGACUAUCCGGCUAGCCAAUCGAACGGUUGACUCCUAGAGAACGUUACAGAUUCAUCCAUGAUAACUCGAAACAGAACUGUUGUUAUUCUUAGGAGAUCGGAUAGAUUUAUGCUGCAUCUUAUAUUAUAAAAAUGAGUAAAUUGUCGUUUCGGGCACGGGCGCUGGACGCUACCAAGCCUCUACCCGUCUUCCGCUGCGAGGACUUGCCCGAUUUGCACGAAUAUGCCUCUAUCAACCGGGCAGUACCGCAAAUGCCAACUGGGAUGGAAAAGGAGGAAGAAUCGGAGCACCAUCUCCAGCGGGCCAUCUCGGCGCAGCAGGUGUACGGGGAGAAGAGGGACAACAUGGUGAUCCCCGUCCCCGAGGCGGAGAGCAACAUCGCCUACUACGAGUCCCUCUACCCCGGGGACUUCAAGAUGCCAAAGCAGCUCAUUCACAUACAGCCUUUCAGCCUGGACACGGAGCAGCCGGACUACGACCUGGACUCUGAGGACGAGGCGUUUGUGAAUAAGCUGAAGAAGAAGAUGGAGAUCACCGCCCUGCAGUUUGAGGAGAUGAUCGACCGUCUGGAGAAGGGCAGCGGCCAGCAGGCGGUGAGCCUGCAGGAGGCCAAGCUCCUGCUGAAUGAGGACGACGAGCUCAUCCAGGAGGUGUACGACUACUGGAGCCGCAAGAGGAAAGGCUGCAAGAGCGGCACGCUGCACCCCACCGUGAAGCAGGAGAGGAGGGACGGAUCCAGCACCAGCGACCCCUACGUGGCCUUCCGCCGCCGCACAGAGAAAAUGCAGACCAGGAAGAACCGCAAGAACGACGAGGCGUCCUACGAGAAGAUGCUGAAGCUGAGGAGGGACCUGAGUCGAGCCGUCACCAUCCUGGAGAUGAUCAAGAGGAGGGAGAAGAGCAAGAGAGAGCUGCUGCACCUCACCUUGGAGAUCGUGGAGAAGAGGAACGUGAUGCCUGACUUUGGCAGUGAGGUGAUGGCUGAGGCGCUGGCCCAGCGCGCCCUGGUCAAGCCCGUGUACGCCAUCCCCAUCCCCCUGUCCAGCAGCAACCAGUACCGCCACCAGGACCACAUGGACCUGAAGGACUACAAAACCAAGCCGGAGAAGACGGAGGUGGUCCGGACGAAAAGGAAAUAUGAGAAGAAGCCCAAGAUCCCGGCCGUGUCGGCGCCCCCCCACUCAGGCCCCUCUGUGUUCAACCCCAAGGACCUGAACCAGUACGACUUCCCCAGCUCCGACGACGAACCCUUCUCCCAGGUCCAUUCAGGUUCCUCUGAGGCCGAAGAGGAGAAUGACCCAGAUGGCUGCUACGCCUUCCGCAGGAAGGCCGGCUGUCACUACUACGCUUCUCGACCGGACCGGAGCGCCAGCUGGCCCUGGGCGAGCCCCGAGGAGGGCGGGCUGGGCGACCCGCGCUACCGCUACUGCCUCACCUCCCUCAGCGUUCCCCGCCGCUGCGUGGGGCUGGCACGGCGACGCGUCGGCCGAGGGGGAAGGGUCUUGCUGGACAGAGCCCAUUCGGACCUGGACAGCGUUUUCCAGAGCCUGGACUCGGACCCCGAAACGGAAGCGCUCACCCCGGCCUCGCCGCUCCGCGACGCCACCGCCAGUACCUCAGCAAACAAUACCUCGAGUGCAUCCCACGCCACCCCUCCAGCCUCCACCUCCCCUUUGCCAUCGUCGGCAGCACACGCGGACCUCAACGAGAUGCUUUUGAACAUUAAGUCAUGCCGCUGGAGGCACUUUAGACCACGGACGCUAUCCCAUCCCCGCUCGGGUGGAGGUGACACGUCACAAAGAGGAUUUAAGGGCACGCCGUUGGGGCAGUCUGGGACGCUGGGCUCAGGAGGCGCGUCCCAACAGCGCACGGGCCCCCCUCCCGCCCCUGUACACGUGUUCACAGCAGAGCAGUACCAGCAGCACCAGGAGCAGUUGGCCCUCAUGCAGAAACAGCAGCUGGAGCAGAUCCAACAGCAGCAGAAGCAGGCAGCAGACACCAACGCCACACCCAACACACAGAUCCUGGUGAUUAAGACGCUUGACCAGGCCAGUGCCCAGUUUGCCGCCUCGGCCCUGCUCACGUCAGACCAGCUGCUGGCCUUGAAAUCUAAGGAGGAGGGGGUGCUGGGAAGUGGAGUCAACGGGGUCCUCCCCAGUUCAGGCGUCUACAAGGGCUUACACAUCUCCAGCACCACCUCUGCUCCGCACCACGCCACCCAGUCCCCCCCGAUCUUCCUCCAGCCCUCCCCCAACACCACCACUCCCUCCCCUGCCAGCGGCACUCUGGUGCCCACCCCCAAUGCCCACGGCGUCCCCAACGCCACUCAGGUCCUGCUCGGUAACAACCUCCGCCUGAGCGUCCCGGCCGGGCGCCACAUCCCCAGGACCCUGGGCGGCGUGACGGCAUCUGCCUUAAAGCUGGCCACGGCCUCCAACUGUCAGAUGCCCAAGGUCACCGGGACUGGCACCAUGGACAUGAGCUCCAGGGAUAAUCACGACCAAGACAAACCAGCACUGACCAGCCUGGCGGACAACACAAUGGCCAUGGAGGUGACGUAGUGGCCCAUGUCACCCCCCUCUCCGACUCUCAUCUCUCUCUGUCCUCCGCCAGGCCCCCGGCCCUCUCUCUAGGUGCUGUGCAUCGUAGCAGUGGGAAUGCAAAAGAGACAGCAGGACUUUCUCUCACACACACGCAUACUGACUGAUCUCCAUGGCAACCGUGGGGGGAUCAGACGCAAUUCUCAUCUCCAUGCUUUUUAAAACUUUUUUUCAUUUCUCGUUAUUGUUAAUAAGAGUAAAAUUGACAUCUGUAAAUUAUGAAUAUGGCAAAUUAGUAUCUGUACAGUAACUACAUAUUUGUAAUACACUUCCCCCUACCCCUUCUUGUACAUAUGUUACUUGAAUACAGAACUGUCCAUUUGUGAUGUUUUGCACUUGGGAAUAAAAACGAGAGGAAAAAAAAUUGAAACUACGAACCAUGUUGUGUGAGAGAUGCGAGAGUUGUAUAAAAGACUAGCUUCAUCAUGUGCAUGGUGCAGAGCCUGCUGUUUUAUCUAUUUAUUGUGCUGUGUUUACAGUUUCUGUUUUUAUUUUAUUUUGUAAUUUCUUUAUUUUUCUUUUUUUUGUACACUGUAUCUUCAUUGGUUUCUGUGCUGUAGUAAAUGUUUGGUAGCUCCGGACUCCUGGGUAUGUUGUAUUAUGGUGACUUCCCCCUGAGGGAACACUGCACCUCCCUUGUGGAUCUUGUGGAAUUCAAAGUGGUGACAUGCAUACAUACAGACUCUGUGGUGAGGAGAGCCGAAGGAGAGGAAGGUUGGCUUUGGUUUACUGAAUGGGGGGGGGGGGCUUUCUCUCUCUCUCUUCCUGGGAUCUUCCAUUUACAUUGUCCUGACACAAGUAACAAAACGGCAGUGAAGUCUCUUCUUCCCAGAAGCCUCUGCUGCUUCUGACUCAAAGCACUAUUGUUUUUGUUUGUUUUAUGGUUUUGAUAAUUAUUGAUGCUGCUUUUGUAUUGAUACUUUUGGUCUGUCUUUUUCAUGCAAUGGGAGUCCUCAGAUUUAUUUUAAGCCCUCCCCAUCUUUUGUUUCUUUACUUUUCUUUUUUGUACUACAGAAUUUAGUUAUUUUUGUAAUUACACCUGUUUUUGUGGUCAACUUGAUUGUAAGCUUCUAUUGAAAGACUUCAUUAUUUUGUUACUUGUUUGUGCAUAGGUGAUAAGGGAGGUGAGCAGCAGUUAUGGCUGUACGUGUAUCAUCAUCAUUCCAUUUUCGGACAAGGAAAAAAAAGAAAAGCUAACAGGUGAUGGAGGAAAGCUGCUUCUUUCCUCUAUUUCCCCACCAUUUUGUUUUGGGAAAAAAAUAAAAAUUCUCCAGAUGGCUGCAAGGCCAAAAAAACAGAAGUAUCGGGUGCCUUCCCUCGGGAAUUCUAUAUGUGCUCUCUUCUGUGAAGAGUUAGGCACAAAGACAGUGCUACUUAGUAGUACUCCUCGUCUGUGUCCAGGAUCUGAGUGUCCAGUCCGAUGGCAGGAUAUAUCCUUGAGGUUUUCUUGUCCCACCUGGAGGCUGAAAAGACAAAAAAAAAAAAAGAAAUGUGACAGAACUUUAACGGAAAAAUAUGACAAUAAAGCCCAGGGCAUUAUAUGUGAACUUUAUAGACUUGCUGUUCUUUUUGUGUGUGGGGGUG